AUGCCUGGACCACCAUCUGGAACAGGGUCUCCUGCCGCUAAGAAAAUGUGGCUUCAGCCGUCAUCGGGGACCACGAACAUGAUCUUCGUCGCUCGUCAACUUCAGGAGAAGUGCCAGGAGAUGCGGGCCCACUUGUACUCUACCUUCGUGGAUCCGACGAAAGCCUUCGACACGGUGAAUCGCGAUGGACUGUGGAAAAUAAUGCAGAAAUUUGGCUGUCCAGAACGAUUCACUCAGAUGGUGCGUCAGCUCAAUGAUGGCAUGAUGGCGCGAGUUAUGGACAGUGGGGAUGUCUCAGAGGCACUCGCAGUGACCUUCGGAAUGAGGCAUGGCUGCGUUCUCACGCCUGUCCUCUUCAGUCUUAUGUUCUCUGCCAUGCUGAUGGACGCCUACCGUGAUGAGCGCCCCGGGGUCCGUAUCGCCUACAGGACGGCGUCCACCUGCUCAACCACAUGCGGAUGCACUUCCUGUCGCGUGUAUCCACAACCAACGUCCACGGACGACUGCGCCCUCAACACCACCUCGGAAGGAGACAUGCAAAGGAGCAUGGAUCUCUUUGUCGCCACCUGCGACAAAUUCGGCUUGGUCAUCAACACGGAGAAAAUGGUGCUUAUACAUCAACCACCAUCCGACGUUGCCUACGUCGUACCCCAGUUCAACAUGAACGGCGCCCAGCUACAAAUUGUGAACAGCUUCACAUACCCGGGCAGCACGCUCUCCCCUAACACCAAAGUCGACGACGAAGUAGCCCUCCGGAUUUCCAACGUCAUUCAUGCCUUUGACCGUCUGCAGAACACCGUCUGGAACCGUCACGGUCUCCAUCUCAACACCAAGCUGAGGAUGUGCACGGUAGUCAUCCUGAGACGCUGCUGUAUGGAGCGGAGUUUUUUCUUAAUACAGCUUUUAUGGCACUCCCACUCCGUGGGAUUCGAGGCGGGUGUGAUGGCGCGCAUAGGUGCGGUUUCCGCCGUGCCACCCCCCAUUGCUGUUGUUGGUUAA